AUGAGUGGUGGGGCUCAGGGCUGGAGAAGGCAUGCAAAAGGAUACUUCCCAAGAUGCCUGGCCAGAGAAGACAUCAGAUCUGUGCAGCUGCUUCUUGCAAAAGGUGCAAGGCCUGACUUUGUCAUAAGCAAAGGGGUGGCUGCAAUACAUUUGGCUGUUGGCAAAGAGAAUGAGAAGAACACACGCUGCUUGAAGCUUUUGUUGCAACAUGGAGCAGACCCAAAUGUCAGAUCGUCAGACGGUCUGACUCCCCUUCAUGUUGCGGCAUUGUGGGGAUGUUAUCAAAACCUCAAGCUGCUCCUGACGAAUGGAGGGAAUCCCAGCAUCAAAGACCAUGAAGGUAACACACCGGAGCAGCUAGCAUGGCAACAGGAGAAUCGAAAAUGUGCCCAGCUUCUUCAGCAGUACCAGGCUACCUCAGCGGAGUCGGAGGAUGACAUUUUGCCUCAGUUCCAAUAUGUUGUGUACUCUGACCAGAUUGACAUGUCCAGCUAUGUUGAAUCGGAUUCCACCUUGAGUUCCCGCUCAUCUGUGAUUAUUGACUUUGAGGAGGCCCCACUGAGCAGCACAAGGUGCUCAUCAUUUUUCAACCUGCUUGCCAUUAAUGGAAGAGCAAGCUCAAGAGAAAUGCCAUAUAGCAAACAUUCUGAAAAAUCCAGUAAGAGAUGUUGCAGCCAAGAAUGGGACAAUACCUCACACUGGCCAUCUGAAGGUCCCUCUUUAUUAUCAAGCACUCGUAUGUCUGCAGCAGGGCUUGUGCAUACAAUACCAACUUUUAAGGAGGAUGAUUUAUUUACUGAUAGCUGUGUUUUGACAUCAACAGAAAAUUUCCAAUCUGAAACUUUUGGCAGAACCCCCCUCUCUCCAAGGGUCCCUCACCCACCCCGUCCUUCUGGGCAAAGGAGCUGGAAGAGUGUAAGCUUCAGGGAAGUAGAUGAAUAUUUCCCCGUUUUUAGUCCUGAAUCCCCCCAACAGCCAUCAACUCUUAAUGGAAAUCACUGUGCCAGUAGUUUACCUUUUGACUUGUCUGAAUACUCCAGUUUCCUGGAUUCAGAACGCAUGGCCACCGUAUUACACAAGCAGGGAAUUGAUGUCACAUCACCCGAUCAUGUUUUUGUCUUCUCCAGAGAGAGUAGUGAGAGCACCGAAGAGGACAUGGAGAAAACGGUCAUCAGUCCCUUGCAUCUGCAAGAGAAUGAUGAUGGGAAGGAGUGUGAUUCUGUGAAAGAGAAUCAAAAGAAUCUUCCUGCGCAGAUAGUUCAUAGUGGUACAAGCAGCAGUGGGACUAGCAGUAGUAAUUACAGUAGCUGUGAGAGUGACCAUUACACGAGCGCUCUGGAUACUCCCACAACCCUGCCUGCAGAAGAAAAUGUGACUGGUGAUACUGAAUCUGACAAAAAGAUGCAAAUUUCUAAAGACUGUGUUCCUGUUUUUACAAGCCAAAAUGGGAACAUUGACUCUGUGCAAAAUGAACCACGAACAGAUUCAGAACUUCAAAGUAUAGGGCAUUUACCAGGUUUGGUUGAUAAACUGACAUUGUCUGAAAACAUUUGUGAGCCAAAUGCAAAUGUGACUCCGUCAGAUGGUAGCGGUUCUGACAAGGAAAGCGUGAGUGUUGCGUCAGACACUCGGGUGGUUGGUACAACUAUACAGUCAGAAGACAACUUUGACCUUUCAGUCAUCCGAUGUCCCUUCGUAACAGGCAGGACACACUCAAGGUUGAGUCGCUCAGUAAGAACCAGCAGAACUCCUGAGAGUCUUUCCUUAACAUCUUCUCUCUUUGAGGAGGACCUACCUGCACCAAGGCGCACACUCCGUCACACACCCAGGUCUCAAAGAAGAGAUGACGGCUUGUAUAAUUCGCCAUGUGGACUUUAUGCUCCAUCUUAUUCUGGGAGUGUCACAAAAACUGACCCGCUGCUGUCAGAUUGCCCGGAUAGACAGUGUAGCACCUUCAGAGCUACUUCAAGUGCUAGCAGUAGUCAAGAUGAUACCAUCAUCUUGCCCAAGAGUACUCACUCUGCUGGUGAAACACAGACUUUGUGUGACACUGUUGUGGUGGAGAAAAAACUGGACUCUUCAACAUAUGUUUAUGAUAGAAAUUUUGAGGAGAUCGUACAGGCUAUAAGAGACAAAAAUCUCAAUGAAGGUGGGAAUUUUCUAACUGAUGGUACGACAAGUGCAGACAAGACGUCAAAUGGUGAUGUAAAUAAUGUGUGUGGUUUGGAUCAAGUAAAUGGCCUAAAAGCCACAGAUGUCUGCAUUACUGAAGACUGUAGUUCUCGGACAAGUUCUGUGUCAUCGUCAUCAAAUUCCAGCUAUUUUUCACCAAGGAAGUCUACAGAAAGCUCUGACACUCCUUGCACCCCGGGUGCUGGAUGUACCCCCAGAUACAGCAUGAGCCGGAUGACAGGUCGCCAGAGGCCACAGCAUUUUGCUAACCUGUCUUACACCCCUGGAGGGCGCCCACACAUUCAGGAUCUGGAUGAACCAGUGGAGUACCUCUACACUGAUACAGAACAGGGUCACGAGCUGAUUGAGACUCACAUUCCGCCCACAUCCAACAGCUCGCUCAGUUCCAGCAUACUGACCUCCAGCGGUGAUGAGACUGUCCUUUAUGACUGGCGCUCCAUGCGAACCAGUGUGAUGAAAAAUAUAGAAAAGAAGAACCAGAUACCCCAGGAAGUGGUACAUAGGGUAGAAAAUGAUAAGGAUGGUGACAUCUCUUUGCCAGAGACCACCGGGUUGACUGACAGAGAGCUGAGACUGAAGCUUUUGGAGCUGGGUGAAAGCCCUGGUCCAAUCAGCAGUCGCACCAGGCCCACCUACAUGCGGAAACUGUGCAGUCUGCUGCAGAAGUCAAGCUGUGAGUCACAUCAACAACAGAAGCAGUCAGACCAGUCCCAACCAGAUUUAGGUUAUAGUCCAGAAUUGUGCCGGGCCCUGCAGACCUUUGAGCUGCCAGAUUGCCAGGCUGAUGAGCAUGCAUUGUGCCAGCAGUUUGACCAACCAGAUCAGAAUAGAAAGUGGAGGGAGGGCAUUAUCAAGUCCAGCUUCAACUACCUGCUGCUCGAUCCAAGAGUGACAAAAAACCUCCCAUUUCGCAGUCACGUUAUGACUCCACAGGAGUGUUUCCAGACAUUCAUCCGGGCCAUAUUUUAUGUGGGUAAAGGAAAGCGCUCUCGCCCUUACAGCCACCUGUAUGAGGCAUUAGAGUACUACAAAGGAGACAAAACAUCCAAGAAACUGUGUCUCAAAGUGCAGCAUAUCCUCGAGGUGUGGAACACUGAGCAGGGUGUCAUCUCCCUGCAUUGUUUCCAGAACGUUAUUCCAGUGGAGGCUUACACAAGAGAGGCCUGUAUGGUGGAGGCUAUUGGGUUGAAGAUGCUGACCAACCAGAAGCGAGGGGACUUCUACGGCGUGGUGUCUAACUGGCAGGUCACCAGGAAGCGUCAGCUGGGUGUCCACCUGCUUUACCGGGCCAUGCAGAUCUUCCUGGCAGAGGGUGAGAGACAGCUCAGACCACCAGACAUUAGACAGUAGUGACCUCCACUGGACGAGUGUGUGAACUGCAGCACAGAGACAACUUGAAGGGUAAAAUCCCACUAUGUCAGGUUAUAAAGGAGAACUUACUGGAACAGUUUUUUUUAAGACUACUUAAUGUGCGUGCUGCUGGUUACUGGUUAGUUGACUUUGGAUGACUCCUUCAUGUUUCCUGGAGAUAUAUAGGCUGCAUGUCCUUUCAGUAGUCAUGACAGUAAUGAAAUUAAUUUUUGAAAUGGAAUCUGUUAUUCAGAAACAUUCCUCCCAGUGGGACACUUUUUGUCAGUGUGGGUAUUCUACUAAUGACUUUGAAGUCAGCACUCCUCAAAUGCCUGAAUAAUGUUCAUAUUUACUGCUGCCAUGUUACACAUUCAUGAGUCACUGCAUAAUACAUCAAAAAUAACUUUCAACAGCCGUGAGUAGAUGCUGUUUCUAAAAGAAAGUUACAACGCUAAUCCUGUUUUUGUUGUUGUUGUUGACUGUGAUCAGAUAUGAUAGAUGCUCAUGCUUUAGGGGUUUA